AUGGCGAUGAGCUUCAUGACAGGAAAAGGUCUAUCAACCACCCAGUUGUUGAACUUGGUGGUGAAUACACUGUAUGAUAAAUUUGUUGAGAAGGAUAUCAAAGGAUUUGAUGGAUUCAAUGUUGGUAUUCUUGAUACCUUCAACACUAUCAACAUGGCCUUACCCGGCAAGCAUUUUGUUGCACCUUCAUAUAAGGAUGUAAAGGAAUUGUUCGAACAAUGGAAAGAAAUUGAUACAGAAGAGAAGAGAAAGAAGUUCAUUAAGUUCAUCAUCGAGAAAGUGAAUAUAAACAAAGUAGAUGAGUCUAUGUUAAUCACCGCAAUAAUGGCACCACCAGCAGCCAUGAUGGCUAAAAAAACUGGACAAAUAGUGCCUCAACUUGCACUCCUGAAUGCAAUACCUGAUGUUGUAUUUGUGCCCUCAGCUACAAUUUUGGCUCUAAUUGCUGUCAAGAUCAUAAAAUUAACCUUCAUUAGAAAGACAACAUCCAAGGAUACAGUCUCAUAUAUUACUGAAAUAGAGAAAGAACCUCAAAUUCCGACUACACCUAAAACUGAAGUAGAAGAGCCUCAAACUGAACAACAACCUCAAACUCCAACUACACCUGAAACUGAAGUAGAAGAACCUCAAACUGAACAACAGCCUCAAGCUCCAACUACAUCUGAAACUAAAAAGAAGAGUCUCAAACUACAGCUACACCAGAAACUUUGA